CCUUUACCCUCUAGGCUCAAAGGCGUUCAUUCUCCACAGGGUGUCUCAUGCGAUUAGGAGAUCUUUUGGCUGCAAUCUCAGAAACCUGUCAAGAUGGCCGAUGUCUUGGGCCCGGAGAAGGCUGAGGAGCCUCGUUCUCCUGUGGAUGCCGUUACUCCAAUUACGGCUGUGAUCCCGCCGACGCCGACAACGUUGGAACAGAAUGAACCGUUCGUCAGAGAAAGUACAGAGCCAUACCAUCCAGCCUCUCCCUAUGACCCUCCAUCCCCUGCCAAAACAGAAGAUCCCAUUGACGGUGAGGACCGUCCACCCAAACGAGCGGGAACAGGGAAGUCCAAGAUAGUCGCACUUGAUUCGGACGUCUCCGGCUCAGAAAGUGAGUCGGAUGUCGAGCAAGCUUAUCUAAGUGUCUAUAAAGAGGACUCAACUACGAAACAGGAGCAGGUCAUGAGACGAGCGGUAGCAUCAGUACGAUAUGCCGCCAGGCUUGAAAGCCGCGUGUCAGCUUUGGAGAAAGAGCUACGCAAUAUCCGCGGCGAAGACAAACCGGUUUCUAAGCGCGCAAAGUCAUUUCAGCCUCCAGUUCAUGAAGUCGCUAGCCGCUACCUUGGUUGGGAUGAGUUCAAGCCCAAACCGGCGCCCGUAUUACCUAAUGAGACGGGAUUUCAUAACUUUCGCCCAGAUCCGACACCUGGAUCGGUGCUUGAAAUCCUGGUAGAAGAGCCCGGAAAGGUUAGAGCACAGACGAGCAAGCAGAAUCCGAAUGAACAUGUGCAAAUCUCGGACGAGCCAGAAGGGGCGGUGGAGAUGGACUUUCAUUCCCCGCCUCCUGGCUGGUUGAAAUCUGGAAGGCCUCCUCCAAGAUUAAGGAUCCGCUCGAAACCUCUCUUGACCGUUUUGAAAAGUGUGACCAACAGUAACUGGGCCCUAAGGCAUGGCAAAUUGGUCUUUUUGCGUCCUUACAAGACCUUCGUGACAAACGAACAGAAAAUACGGGAGGCUUUCCGCAAUCUCGAAGCGAAAUAUGAACGGCCGAAGACCCCGAUUGAUAGGACUGAUGUCUUCGAAGCAAAGUUCGAUGGAUCGCCGGCGGUGAAACGGACCAGUCCUGGAGGGCCGGAGACAAAUGUCGUAGGAGAUGACGAUGACGAAACAAUCGAUUCCCAAACGGCAUACGAGCACAUGAAGCUCUUCAUGCAGUUCAUGGAUCAAGAUCUGAAAAGUAUCUUGGAUUUGCGCGGCCGAAUUCAAGAAGGAAGUCUGGAGACGAUUGCUUUCGAUGAUCUUUGGCAUCUGUUCCAGAUUGGACAAGAGGUUGUUGCUGCUGGACAAGAGCAAGGAUCGCUGGCAAUCUAUCGAGUUCUCACCUAUACUGGCGGUCGAGAACUUACAUACAGCGUCGUUGAUCCUCCUAAAAACCCUCCAUCCAACUCCCUUGGUCCUGGUAAUUGGUAUGGGGCGUUCGCAGUUCAAUGCUGGUCACUCACAUUUGACGGCGAAGUCUACAUUCCCCAGGGAAAGACAUUUGGCAUUCAGCGAUAUGAAGGGGAACGGAAAGUUACCGAUCUUGCCGUGUAUCCGUUGCAUUUCGAUUCCAAGCGGGCGGCGCUUCGCAAUCAACUUGAGGGCCGAGGACGAGUUUUCAUGGACGUUGCUAGCAAGAAGACGACCCAUAGACGGUAUGCCGGCCCAAAUCUAGACGAAGAUGCGCGUGGCGAGCAGAUCAACUCCGAAGUCAUCAUUGACUUCAAAGAGGCCUUUGAGCAGAAAGAGGAUUGGGAGCCGAUCAAGUUGAACCCGGACUUGGACCUCAUCGAUCACGAUAAUCGAGAGUGGGCUGAAAUGUACAGCGACAAUCGGUUCUGCCGUUACGCCAACUGCUGCACGGGUGAUCCAGUCGAGAACGACUUCUCCGUGGACCUGGCGAACGAGCGGAAUUUUUUGCGACCGAACAAGCAUUUGUUCGAACCGCGGAAGGAGAUCGACGGCGAUGAGGAUGCUAUUUUGCUUCCUGAUCGUGUCUAUGCUUAUCUUUUGGUCACAAGGAAAUGGGCGAUUAUUAGCACCUCGGAAAAGAACUUGCAAAGCCCAACCGCAUACGACCCCUGGGAUGACCUUGUCCUUCCUGCGGAUCACAAAGAGACUGUGGAGGCCCUCGUCCGUCAACAUUUGGCCCGCGAAGAAGCAGUCAAUGGUGGCCGGGGCGCUGACAGCACGUUCGGUGAUUUCAUAUCGUCCAAAGGAAGGGGUUUGGUUUUCCUAUUGCACGGCCCCCCUGGGAUAGGAAAGACGAGUACCGUGGAAUGCAUCACGGCGCGAGUCGGAAAACCACUAUAUUCUUUGACCUCCGGCAACCUGGGCACGUCUCCAGAGAAGGUGGAGGACAAUCUGAGGUGGCAUUUCAGCCUUGCUGACAAGUGGGGAUGUGUUCUUCUGCUCGACGAAGCGGACGUCUUCUUGCAACGGCGGGUUGCGAACCAAAUCAAUAUUAAUGCCAUCGUAUCAGUUUUCCUUCGGCAGCUUGAGUACUACAAUGGAAUCUUGUUCUUGACUACAAAUCGGGUUGGAGACAUCGACGCAGGCUUCAAGUCCAGAAUUCAUGUGACUCUCGAGUACAAGCCGCUUGACCUUGAUACCACUAUGCAAAUCUACCAAAAUCGUCUGGAUCGUGUAGUCAGGGGCUUUGAGGGUCGCAAGACGAAAUCGGGUUCGAAACCCAAGGUUAAAACAAACGAGAUCCUUGAUUGGGCCGAGCAACAUUAUAUUGCAAGUUCAGAGAAGCGACGGCAGUGGAACGGGAGGUCAGUUUUAUCAAUCCAUGACUCUCCCUUUGCCCCCCGCUUUCGUCCCCUCCGCCCCCCAGACCUACAACAUUUACAUUCUCAGUGUGGAAUAUCUCGCUAAUCCUUUCUACUCAGGCAAAUUCAAAAUGCAUUCGAGACG